AAAUAAGUUCAAAUGGAAUAAUUAAAAAAAUAUAAAUUAUUUUUUUCUUUUUGAUAAAGAAAGUUGUUUACCUUUGAGUUCGAUAAGGCGUGCCGAACUCGAAAUAACAACUACAAUUACUGUUCUAAUUAAAAUAUGAUUUUGUCAAAGCCUAGAUUGCUUCUGGAACAAAGAACAUUACAAGCUGUAUCAUACCUAGUAAACCAUAGUGGAGCUAUGUCAACAGCAGCUACAAAAAAAUUGUUUGAAAACAAUUUAAAAUUGCCCUCACUUCCAGUACCAACAUUAAAUCAGACUAUCGAAAAGUAUGUUAAGACUGUAACUCCAUUUUUAAAUGAAGCAGAAUUGACCAAUACAAAGAAAUUGUUAACAGAGUUUGGUUCUGAUAAUGGUAUUGGAAAGAAACUACAACACCUGCUGGUUGAGAGAGCUAAAUCUCAAGAAAAUUGGUUAGAGGAAUGGUGGCUGAAUACUGCCUACUUGGAAUACAGAGAUCCUGUUGUUGUUUUUUCUAGCCCAGGUCUGGUAUUUCCCUUUGAAGAUUUCAAUAAUGAAGUUGACAGAUUGAAAUAUACUGCAAAUCUCAUACUGGCUGCUGUUGAGUAUUAUUUAAACAUAUGGAGCGAACAAUUGCCUCUGGAUAAAAUGGGUAAGGACCUGCUGGAUAUGAACCAGUACAAAAAGAUUUUUGGGACCUGCCGGAUACCCAAACCAAAAAGAGAUGCUUUACAAUUUAAUCUACAAUCAAAACAUAUAGUUGUAGUAAAAAAUAACAAUUUCUUCAAACUUGAUGUGUUAAAUAACAAUGGAGAACUUCCAAGCGAAAGUGAGCUGAUAGAUCAGCUUAACAUUAUUGUGGAAAACUCCAAAACUACUGGCCCGCCCGUCGGUAUUUUGACCAGCGAUAAUAGAGACGACUGGAGUACGGCUUAUGAAGAACUUCUUAAAGAUCCAGUCAAUGAAGAAUCUGUCGACCAGAUUCAAAGGUCGUUGUUUUUGGUAGCGCUGGACAAUCCGAUGCCCGAACAUAAUGACAGCCGCAGAUCAAUGGCUGGUAAACAGUUCAUCCAUGGUGGCGGUAGCAGAGCUAAUUCUGCCAAUCGUUGGUUCGACAAAACAUUACAGUUUGUAAUUGGACAAGAUGGUACCGUUGGUCUGACUUACGAGCACUCUCCAAGUGAAGGUCAACCCAUCGCCGUCAUGACAGACUUUUUGAUCGAUUAUAUAAAUAAUAACCGUUCAAAAAAUCUGCCCGAUACAAAAAUGGACACUACGCCUGCGCAACUCAAGUUUAAUGUCAAUGAUGCUCUACAACGACACAUUCAACGGGCAAACGUCAAUAUCGAUAAACUGGCAGAUAAUUUGGAUAUGGAUUCCUUUCAGUUUUCGUUGUUUGGAAAGGAGUUUGUGAAAUCGCAGAAACUUAGUCCUGACAGUUUCAUUCAAAUUGCCAUGCAGUAUGCUUUUUAUAGAAUCCACAAAACUCCAGGAGCAUGUUACGAAUCAGCAGCGACUAGAAAAUACAUCCACGGCAGAACAGAAACGAUCAGGUCCUGUUCCAUAGAGUCCAUCGCAUUCGCUAAAACCAUGUUGGACAGCAGUAAGUCUUUGAACGAGAAAGUAGCCGCCUUAAGAGAUGCCGUUUCCUCGCACAAGAAGUAUUCUAUAGAGGCAGUAAAUGGUUUUGGCGUCGAUCGUCACCUUUUUGGUCUGAAACUGAUAGCUCUCGAAAAUGGCAUCGAAGUACCAGAAAUCUACAAAGACAAAGCGUACAUUCUCAGCAGUCGAAUGCGUCUUUCCACCAGCCAAGUAGCUACCAAAUGCGACGGCUUUAUGUGUUACGCACCCCUGACAGAUGACGGAUAUGGAUGCUGCUACAAUCCCAGACCAGACGACAUUAAUUUCGGCCUUUCAACCUUCAAAAACAACAAAGAAACCUCGGCUAGAAGAUAUAGAGAGGCUCUAACUGAAAGCUUACAGGAUAUGCACCAUCUUCUCGCCAAAACACAAAAAGCCAAAUUGUAAUGGAACUUGCUUGUUCAGAAAUAUUUCGAGUACUAUAUUGGCUAUGUGUAUAACAGUGGUAAAGAAAGCUUUCAAACACAUUCGAUGCUUUUCAACUCAGUUAAUAAUGCUCGUUGGCACCAAUCGCUUAUUAGGCAUAUCUGUUGACGGCUGCGAUUGGUUCUACACAUAGCGAACGUGUUAACGUCAGUAAAAGUCUAAUUAAAAUGCCUGCAA